GUUUUCAGUUUAGGCGGGUGGAAAUCAGAUAAUUAAAGAAAGAAAGCAGAGGAUCCAUCUUGGAAAGUUCCUUUCUUUUUCUAUUGAAAUUCCUCUGUUUUCUCAGUAACCAACCAGAGGUAUUUAUGUCUCAAAGAAAAGCACUGGCUUAUUAGCUGUGGAAAUUGAGAGAGCAACAACUGGUUUCCUGGUUUGCAAAUACUCGUCGUGGAGAUCAGUCUUCUUCUGACCCAUCUUUAACACCUAGUAGUAAUCUUUACAUACCCUCCUUGAGUUCCAGGGAUGAAGGCUACUUCAGAAUCAGCAGAGUGGAUAUUUUUAGCCACUAACCUUGGCCUAGAGAUGUUGUCAGCUGCUUGUGAUCAGGCUUCCUCCCCAAGAAGACCCCACUAUGCCCUGUUUGGUAUGCUGUUGGCUAUUGCAGCUGUGCUCAUUUCCAUUUGGGAGCUAACUUACAGAGGUAAAAAGGAAAGAGUUGUGUUGAGGAGAUGGGGAAUGCUCUGUUGGUUUUAUCAUCCACCACCUCAUCGACAUAUGCCUUUUGGUACUCUUCCUGACAUUUUUGGACUAGUUUCUGGCAUCUUACAGUGCAUAUGCUCUUUGGUUCAGUAUGUUUACUGCCUUCGGCAUGAUGAUAGUCCUUUCAAAGUAUCCCUUUUGCCUGCCAUAUAUCUUAUAUGUUUAGGUGGUUCAAGACUAAGUAAUAAGCGAAUGAACGCCAAUACCACUGAUAACAUGGACUCGUGUGAAAAUUCUUCAAGCACGGAAGAAACUUCGUUGCGUCCAAUCCCAGUGUAUUAUGUGUUUACACCACUUAGAAGACGGACUUCUUCUCUCCACUUGGAGGAGGAUUCGGGUCUCAGAGCUAGACCCUAGGGCCGGGGACUCUCUCCUAGAUCCCUGUCCUGGGCAUCUCACUUGUCAUCUUUAUAUUCGGGUCCAACCCCAUGUACAAAUGUAA